AUGAGUCUGUGUCGACGGAAAAACGCAGGAUCCAGCUUCACCGAGUCCUAUGAAACACGAGUUCGGUGGUCAUUUCGCCCGUGUCCUCCUCCACACUCACGAGAGCCAGCGCGCCGAGCCCCCGCGCGCGGUGCCCGGAAGCCUGCCCCCAGCACCCGGGCGGCCCGGGCGGCGGCGGACCACGGGGCUGGCGGGUCGACGGGCGUCCGCCCGAGUCGAGGAGGCUCGACCGAUCCCGCGUCGGGGGGGCCACGGAGGCGCGGGCUUCGGAGCCUCGGCGGCACCGCGGCUCCAGCGCCCCCACCCCGGCUCCUCGCCUCUCCCGCGCUGCGCCGCCGCCACGCGCCGCCUCUCGGUCCCCGGGCCCCGGCGCCGCCGCCUCCUCACACUUCCAUCACCACCCGCCUCCGCCGGCCUCCAGCUCCCGCUCGCCAGAGAGCAGCGCCGGCCCGGGCGGCCUCCGGCCCGCCGCCGCCGCCGGCCUCUCGCCGAGCCCCCCAGGCGCCGCCGCACGGGCCAAAGCACAAGAGACAGCCUGAGAGCAGCUCGGAGAAGGAAGCGGAGGGAGGAGGAGAUUUCCUCGCAACAAAUGUGCCAAACACGAGUGAAUCACUCAUAGCAACGGUGCCGAAGUGUCAAGCCAGUGAUAUCCUCGCUCCCACUCCCACCCCUGUUGCCGCAGCAUCCCCGCGCUCGUUUCUCAAGUCCCAGCUAGCACGGAGAUGUGGGAGCCGAGCCUGAUCGCUAGCGGUAGAUAGCAUUCCAUCAAGGCUUGAAAACCAUCUUCAUUUUCAAUAAGAUGUAUUGCUGUUUAACUGCCCCUUCCCCCUUCUCCAUCCACCUCCCUCCCCGCCAUGUGGUUACCUAAAUUCGGAAAGAAUGAGAAAAGGAACCAUAAACAAAUGCUCUGCUUUAAAGGAUAGUAAUUAAAGCGGGGAGACCAUCAGAUGAUCUAAAUGUUUUCAUUUGUAAAAUAGCAAUGUUUUGGCGUAGGAUAAUGAGCCAGUUUUAACUUAGUUCACUCAUGAUCAUUACCACAUACUUUCUUGUAAACCGUUAUCUGAGUUCCAGUCUAUGGGAAUUAACUAUAAAGACUAGGUGGUGGUGGUUGUUUUUAAUAUUGUUACAAGCAUUCUGAUUAUUUUUUCAUCUUUAGCUUUAACCAUGUAAUAUAUAACUUUCUUAACUAAGUUGGUUUUUGUUUCCUAUAUGGCAAGGGUGAAUAGCCACUAUAUAGGUUUAUGAGUUGCAUGUAUAUAAUAAAUCAUAUUAAUACUGUUUCUCGA